AUGUGUGCGGCAAAGACCGCACAUGGAACACCCGAAGGUCCGAUUCUCUCGCUGGCUUGGGACUGCGAUGAGUAUUUCCAGAAAUUCUUCAAGAAAACCAACACAUCAUCGUUGCCAUUCAGGACACGACUCGACAACUACGGACUUCGAUUCACCGCCUGGCGGGAACAUCUAGGGGUCUUCGCAGGUCCAAAAGCCGACCUAGACUGCCAACUGCAACGUCACCCGGAAGUUCAAGACAUAAUUGUACGUCUUUUGCUGACUUUGAGACGAAACUUAAUCCAAUUGGACGUGGACUGGGAGCUUGUAUUGCAGAGCUCUUCAAAUCACAUCAUCGCCAACAGAUCAUGGAGUCAAGAUGCAGAAGGAGAGCAUCAAGAUGCCACCAAUGCCGAUAAUCUCCUCAGGGGUACUUUCCAGGCCAUCGACGAGUCGCUAGAGCAACUUCAUCGAGUGGGGACCGCUAUUCGACAAUCAGCACGAAGUACUGAGAUAGCACGGGCGAGGGCUUACGCCUCGGCACAUCUGGAUCUCGAGAAUUUUGAGGCAAUGGCCUUAGCCGCAUUGCAUCUGUUGUAUCCGAAUGCUGCAGAAAGCCUGAUCGUUCAAUUAAGCGAGAGCAUGAAAGACCGCUUUGCUGUCAUACAGUAUAAAGCAUCGCGCCAAGGAGUUAAAAGCAGAGAUCAAAGGCCUCUGUCCCGUCCGAAGAUAGAGCAUCGUACCCAUCAGGAACAAGUGCAGAAGCCACAAAUGAUUGAGCACGCCGUCCAACCAGUCCAGAAAACCGCAGUCACCCAUACUGUGCUCUCAGAUAACAAGCCGACUACCAUUGGCACAUGCAACCUCCGAGAACGAUUUAAGCAAAUACACACCCACAGAAGUCGACCAAGCACGACCAUCGCACACAUCGCAUCUACGAACGAACCAACACCACCACGAUUCCGUGACAGCAAUGGCGCGAUACUGGCGUGCCCAUGGUGCUCCAUGAAGACAAGCGAUGAGCUGACCAAAAAUGGUCGGUGGACGGACAAAGGAAGGCGCGUGGUUGACUACUUGAAGCCAUUUCCAUGCCUUUCCGAGAAAUGUAUCGGUUUGGAAAACAGUUUUGCAACGACGAGUGAAUGGUCUGCACAUAUGUUCAAACACGAUCAACUUUGGGCGCAACAUAUCCACUACAGCCCGAUGUGGAUUUGCAGUCAACACCCAAGCCCAGCGCUCUUUGAAACUGACCAGCAUGUUGACAACCACCUUACCUCAAUGCAUCAGAUCUCUUCUCGAGGUGAAGUCAAUCUGGGCGAAUCUCCAGCCGAGAUGACUUUUGUCGAUGAACACCGUGGGAGGGAGGUGUGCCCUUUGUGCGGCUUUCGAUUAGAAGGAGACAUCAGGCCUGAAAACAUGAACAAGGUGCCAGCGCCAAUGAUUGGACACAUCGCCGACCAUCUCCAGAUCUUGAUGAAUCUUUCUCUCCGCUUCAUCCAGUUGCAGGAGAGACGUGACGAUCAGGAUAAGGUCAGUGAGAAUGGCGACAGCGACCAAACAGUGGCGGUGACCGAAAACUCUCAGAAGCCUACCGAUCAUCCACCUCUAUCACCCUUUCCGUCAUCGCCUGCAAGUAUAGUUCAGGAAUAUUCGGGAACACAGAGUGGAGAAGAAGAGCAGGAAACCGAGAACGAUGUCAGAAUUGACAACAGCAAACUGGCAACAGACUCAAUUCCUUCAGCAGAUGAAUCCAAGCCAGGUUCUCCAUCUCUUUGGGAGCCUCUAUCCGACAGCCAUUCUGAUGAGACUGGCCCGGAGGGACCAGCCAAGAUUGCUCAAACGACAACUUUGAACACAACAAUGCUUCGAGCGAGGAAACGCCCCAGUGCAUCACUAGAAGUGUCACUUGUUGAGGCUUUCGAGAGAUCGAACUUUUUUGAUCCAGAACUGGACUAA